AUGUUGUUCAUCAAGGCCAUCACUCUGACGGGACUCGCCGUGAGCCAGGUUGCAGCUCAUGGUCUCAUCACUCGUGUCAAAGGCCACAAUGGCAUUGACAUGCCUGGACUGACGAUUCAGGAUGGAAUACCCCGGGAUUGCCCAUCUGCUGCAUGCGGCGCCCAGAAAGACACGGCCAUCAUCCGAGAUGCUGAGUUUGGCAGUGUCAAGGCCUCCCCCUUGGGUCGUACUCUUGGUGGAGGUCCUGUGAACCCUGCCAUUGUUAUCAACAACUUCGUCGGUGCUGGAAAGCAGAAGCGCUCUCGUCUUCCAGCCAGUCACAGACGUAUCCAGGACCUUGCGGACGCAACACCCUUUGGUGGAACCAUCAAGAGUAUCCAAUCCACAAUUGACGAUGCCAUGGCCAUCCUUCCCGGAACCCAGUCCGGUACAGUGACAGGCAAAGGUGCCAAGGAGAACGGCAUGCAGCUGUAUUCUGGAAAAGGUGCCAGCACCGGCCUCCCUACUGCUUCUCCGGAAGGUGUAGUGACCAUGAUCUACCACCAGGUUAACCAGGAUGGUGCGGGUCCUCUUUCUGCUGAAAUCGACCCUUCCAGCGGAGGCACCGAUGCAAAGGCCUUCAAGAGCGCCCGUGUCAUUCAGAACAUCCCUGGCGUUGCGGGCUUCUCCACCUCUAGCACCAUGGAUUAUGCUGUCAAGGUCCAGGUCCCUCAGGGAAUGAAGUGCACUGGAACCGUUGGAGCUGCUAAGAAUGUCUGCAUUGUGCGGGUACGUAAUAAUGCUAUUUCGGGUCCAUUCGGAGGCUCUGCUGCUUUUACGCAGUAG